AUGGCAUCCUCGCAACGUCUUGGCCGUCCUACGCCACAUACAACAGGUCCAACCCCCAAACAUUUCAGCACCCACAAUACCUCACUGAUUACAUCUUGUUGCAUGCAGUCAGCAACAUGCAUUCAUCGGAAGGUCGCAGCUGCCCUCCAGAACAUUGAGGCCAUCUCUCAUCUAUGCAAAGAAGAUUUUGACAAAGUCGAUGUCUUCGGCGACGGGAUUUUGCAUAUAGCCGCACGGUACGGCGCGACCUUUGAUGUCUUGGGACAGCUCCUUGCCCAAAGCUCUACUUCCAACCGUACGAACAUUUACGGAGAAUCCUUCUUGCAUCUGCUUGAUCAGAGCUGGCUCACGGACAAGGUCGAUCACUUUCAUCGACUUUUGGCUAUUGCCGGGCACCAGGGAUUUCGAUACCAUAGUCGUGACCGGCACGGGAGGACCUUCUUGGCCAUGUUUCUUGCUGAUGAUCGACUUUGUACUUUAACAAUCCCUCAGCUGCUAGACGCUUUGGAAGCUGUACUUAGUAGCGACGAACGCUGGCUAAAAGUCGCGUUGCUGGAUCCGAGUCAAGGCUGGCCUCGUCUGAUCGACCGCCUGAAAGCCCUUAUUGAACGCGUUCUCCAGAAUUGCGUAGCAGCUUCCGACUUUCCCAUUGUUCGUCGGUGCUCUGCCAUUCACUGCAGACUGCUCGAUUUGGAAAACGCUAUACCAGAGCUUUCUAGUGGCCAGAUGUCACUACAACGGCUUCCUCUAUCCAAAAAAUCUGUCUGGCAGCGACUCCAGGCAGGCGAUGACCCGGAUAGCUAUGACGAAAAUGGCCAUACUUGGCUCAUGAGGAUAGUUCAAAAUAUCUCAGCCUCCAAGAUAUCACCCCAAGAUGGUGCUGAACUGCUUAAGAUUCUCUUACGCGCAGGGGCAGACGUGCGGAAGCGGGAUCCGAUGGAUCAAACAGUUCUCCACCACGCAGCUUCUCUUGGGGAACACACCGCCGUUAACAUACUGAUCGAGCAUGGAGCCGACGUCAAUGCUCGCAACCUGCUGGAACAAAAGCCUGUCAACCUAGCAACUGAUGCACUGGGCUGCAAUCCUCGACAUCCGGUACUUGCCCCGAAAUUAUACCAAACAUUUCAAAUCUUGAAGGCCUAUGAAAGUCGUACUGAUUCGACCGGACUUGAAACCUCGGGAGGUUGA